AUGGUUUUGGACACCAACUCCAGCCCAUCUGCCUUCUUCUUAUCCGGCAUUCCAGGGCUUGAAUCCGUCCACCCGUGGCUGGGCCUCCUCUUCUGCUUGAUGUACAUUGGGGCACUUUUAGGAAACGGGGCCCUCCUGUUUGCCAUCCGAUUCGACCACGCACUGCACAACCCCAUGUUCUAUUUCCUGGGCAUGCUGGGAAUUAUUGACAUCAUCAUGGCUACCUCUGUAGUGCCCAAAAUGCUUGACAUCUUCUGGAUGGGCUCCCCGAAGAUCGGCUUCAACGCCUGCUUCGUCCAGAUGUUUCUCAUCCAUUCCAUCACAGCCAUGGAAUCAGGGGUCUUGCUGGCCAUGGCCUUGGACCGCUACGUCGCCAUCAGACACCCGCUGAGAUACGAGACUCUCCUGACGCCCCAAAGGGUGACCCAGAUAGGCCUGGUGAUUGUGGCAAGAGGGGUCCUUUUCAUGGUGCCUCUGAGUUGGAUGGUGAGGAGUUUGCCCUACUGUACUUCCAGACGGAUCCCUCACUCCUACUGUGAGCACAUGGCAGUCGUGAAAUUGGCCUGUGGGGAUUCAACAGCCAGCCACCUCUACGUCAUGGCGGGCUCCUCCCUGAUUGUGGGGAGCGACACCGCUUUCAUCACCAUUUCUUACGGGUUGGUUCUCCAAGCCGUGAAGAGGCUGAGCCAAGAGGCGGAGCGGCUCAAAGCCUUCAGUACGUGCAGCGCUCACGUCUGCGUGAUGUCGCUGUAUUACCUCCCAGGGAUGGCUUCCAUUUACAUCCAGGUCUUUCCUCAGGGCACUCCACCUCACAUCCAGGUGCUGCUGGCCGAUCUCUACCUCAGCCUCCCACCCAUGUUGAACCCAAUAAUUUACAGCAUUCGGAUGAAACAGGUGCGCAAAGCACUCUGCAGAAUAUUUCCUUUUGUCAAGGGGCUGAUGGGUUGA